UGCCAUUCAUUUGGGAGAAAUGAAUAAAUUUAGGCAAAUGAGGAGUAGGGUAAAUCUGGAGAAAUUACAAAGGGGAGGAGUUCACCCUCCUGGCUAUGGCUUUCAGGUCUGUGCAGGACUACUUACUCCAGUAUAAAACUGAGAGCAGAAAUAUGAUCACAUACUAAGGAGUCUAAUCAAUGCUGGUUUCAACACUGAGCCUAUUUAAAAUAGAUAAUGGAAUUGCUGUUCCUUGUUCUGUUCUCUCUGCACAUUCUCAAGACAGAGGUGGCAGUUGGAAGCCACUGGUGCUAUCAGCCGCAGAAGCUUGAACAGCCACACUGUGAAGUGCCUCGACAAUGGCAUCUGAUAGACGCUGCCUGCAAAGGAAAUAAACAAUCACCCAUCAAUAUUGUCACCAAAAAUAUCACUUAUCAAGAGAGCCUUAAGCCACUGGAUUUUGAAGGAUAUGAUGUGAAGGGGUCUUCAAAAUGGUACAUAGAAAAUAAUGGACAUACAGUUAAAGUAAAACUAAGUACAUCCCCUAAAAUUGGAGGUGGAGGGCUGGAAAGAAAAUACAAAGCAAUAGAAUUUCAUUUUCACUGGGGAGUCGAAGCUGUGCCACAAUACCUUCCAGGAUCCGAGCACAGCAUAGAUGGAGAGAAACAAGCCAUGGAGCUGCAUAUUGUUCACAUAAGAGAAGAUGCUUCAAAUAUAACAGAAGCAAAGGCGAAAGAAGACGGUGUGGCAGUGUUAGCAUUCUUUAUAAAGAUUGAAGAAGAAAAUAAAAACUAUGAAACCCUAAUUAGCAAAUUAGACAACAUUAAAUACAAAGGGCAAACAGCAGACAUGGACCCUCUGCCGCUGAGUUCUCUUCUCCCACCUGAGAAAGACCUUGGAAAGUACUAUCGGUACGAGGGCUCUCUCACCACUCCCGACUGCUAUGAGGGUGUCAUCUGGACGAUAUUUGAGAAGCCAAUCGAGCUCAGUAUUUCUCAGAUUGCUCAGUUCUCAACAGUUCACUUUGAUGGGAAGAACUCCACAAACAUGGUUGAAAAUUUCCGGCCCGUUCAGUUUCUGAAUGAACGAAAGGUGUACUGGUCCAGCGCCAGCGUCCUCCCGCCUCCUGCUAAGAUUCUAACGUUGGUCCUCGUGCUUACGUACAUCCUGAGCUCUCUUUCCCAGUGAAAACUUCCCACCUCAUUCAAGGCUCUGGGCUUUUUGGAGUUUGUUUGGGUUUUGUUGCUGUUUGAUUGGAGAUUUGUGUCAAUUAUUCUCUCUAAAUACCAACUCAUGAAUCACAGUUGAAUACAGAAUUUAACCUUUUCCUCCUCAGACACUAACCAAGGACUUCUGUUGCUGCUCUUAUAUAAAAUGAAACCCAUUGCACCAAAUGAUGAGAUUUCAAAGGAACCGUAAAGAUGAUGCUAUGAAGGUGCAAAUUUAAAAAACACUCCAAGAAAACAUUAGGAUGAAUCACCUGCACGCCUAGACUUAACAAAACACAACACUGGAAGGACACCUCACAAGCUACACAGAGGGUCUACAGGAGGAAUCUGUUCUUAAGUGCCUAUAAAGGGUUUUGCUUGGGAUAUGUUUACAUUCAGCAUUGCAAAUCAGGAAGACAGUAACAGGUGGAGCAGUUUUUAUCAUUCCCACAUGAAAGUACAACACAGAGCAAGAAAAAAAAUGGUCACACCCGAUCGAGCAAAUCCAGGUCAUCCCGCGUAGUGAAGGAUGAGUGACAAAUUUCAUUUGUACCAACACAAUUCCCACCCCCUCCAAUUCCCACCCCCUCCCCUUCUUCCUUCAGAACACCUGAAGUUGAUUUUUAGCUGAGGAUACUGGAUUCCCUUCAUCUAAUCUGCCCGUUUGGGGUUUCAGGUUUCUCUGCUAAGCUUAUUUAUUCAGCCUAGUACAGCAUCUUUCUCUGGGAUGCCCACGCCUGAUACGAUGUGCUAAAAACAUAAAGGGAAUAUCAACCACGUAUAUCAAUAGCACAUCUGGGGCAAUUCCCUCUCUUUGGAGGGCUGCGUUUGAAGCGUGAGACUUUGAUGAUCCUUUACGGGUUUUAUUUGCUUAAUAAAAUGAGACGGCUCAAGAACUGCCUCUUUCCAGCAUCACAUUUUAGAAGCUUUUAAAUUUCAGUUUAAAUAUUUCAGCAUGAACUUUUCCCUACAAAUCCACCCCCCCUCUCCUUUAUUUUUGUACAUACCUGUAAAUUAUUCGCACAUGGUUAGGAUUCAUAGUUUUUCCAAGAAGAUGGUUGUGAUUUGAACUGAUUUUCAGAUCUUACACUAUUACUUAUAGAAAAGCUCGAUACACUUGGAAAUGGAAUUUCCUUAUAAUAUUCCAGUUUUCUCUCUGAAGACAGAGAUAACUGUUUCCUUUGGCUAAUGCCAUAUAACGUGUUACAGCUUCUUUGAGAAUUGUAGAUUUUGGCUGCACCAAAAUAGGAUUUCACUGUUUGCAGACCUGUGUUUUUUCCUUUAGGGCAAUGUUUGCAGAGCUGACUUUACGCUACUGGUAUAUGGCCAUUUUCAGGAAAAUCAUGGCAGUGAGACUAAUCACAGCUCAGCAAAGAAGAAAAAGCUGGGGGAAUAAUUAUUUUCAUAUUUAACAAUCAAUAAUAUAAGCUUAAGAAAAACACGUGGGAAAGAAAAUUCACUUUUUUAAGUUUAGAGGAAUGAUUUAAAAUUUAACUGUAUUUUUAGCUAACUGAAAAACUUUUGAGAUGCAAACAUAAAUGAGAGAUUAAAACUGAACAAAGACGUAUAUUUUCGU